UACCCGGAGGGAACCCACGAAGUCACGGGGAGGACAUGCAAACUCCACACAGUAGGAUCCCGAGCCUGGGAUUGAACUCAGGCCCUCCGUAUUGUGAGGCAGAUGGACUAACCCUUCUUCCACCGUAAUAUUCACCCAAACCUGAUUAUUUAGGGAAAUAUCUUGGGAAAACAGAGUGCUGCAGUCAUUAUGAUGCCCUUGAUUGAUUGAAACUUGUAUUAGUAGAUUGCACAGUACAGUACAUAUUCCGUACAAUUGACCACUAAAUGGUAAGACCCGAAUACAUUUUUCAACUUUAAGUCGGGGUCCACGUAGAUCAAUUGAUGGUAAUACAUCUUCUUAUAUCCCUUGAAAGACUAUCACCAAGGAUCUUCUCAUGUUGUUUCCUACAGACGUCUGUGCAGUCAUGACGUUGCUGAGAUGCUUGAGCAAAUUCUGCCCAUGCUGCCAUCCUAUUUUUCUGUGGAAGAGGCAAACUUGUACCAAGAGGAGAAGAUGCUUCUGCGGCAGUUUGUGAUCAUGAAGCUGCUGGGUGAAGUUCCCAGAUAUGUUUCCGUGGAUCACAUGAAGCAGUGGAUCCUGUCUCGAAGGAGCUUCCUGGAAGAGUUCCAGGGAUUUGACGUAAAGAUGAACCGAAAGAUGUUUCGUCUUCUUGAAUCGGCCUGGAUCAGUGCAAGGUUCGUCUGUCUAAACGAGAUGGAGAAGGAAGUCCGCAAGGAUCUCAAGAAGGAGGUGCUGCUUUCGCGGCUGCUAGGCAAGAGCGUGACACUGGAAGGUUUCCACAUGUUUUUGUCAGCGGUGCGUCCCAAAGCGGAGGAGGAAGUAGAGCUGUUGCUCAGGAGCCUCUUCAACAGGCUGCAGAGCGCAUUAGGAAGCUCAACCAUCAGCAUGAUCAAGAGAAUAAUGAUCCAUUCCCAGUUCCAUCGCUCCACUUUCCACCUGGUGAAAGAAGUGGUGGAAUGUGUCGUCUGUCUCUUCCUGCAUAAGCAGGAGCCUGGUUCAGACACUGAGACGAGAUGGCAUGAGGCUGCCAGGAUGGAGAUUGUCUGCAUGCUCGCACAUGCACUGUCUUGCUGCUCCUGGCUCCGUCCCUACAUCGCUGAGGACCAUCUCUUCCACCUCUGCACAUUGACGGCCAGGGAAAUGACCGAAAGCAUAUUAGCAGGCUUUGCGGAAUACUUGGAAAACUUCCCACUAUACUUUGACGAAAGCUUUUUGGCCCCACGGGAUAGCAUCGCGAGGGCCAUCAAUGACCUGGUCUCCAUUGCCACCUCUGAAUGAGGUUCUGCACACGUUUCUGAGAAAUACGGUCAUAAGUUCUCUUUUAAAUACAUGUUUUUACAAAUUUACCUCAUUCUUUGCGGCACUUUUAGUAGAAAAAAAAAGGUGCUCUCAGUACAUUGAAAGAAAUGUGUUAGACCUCAUUCUUGUCUUGUUUAUUGCUAAUUUCCUUGUCUUGUUCAAUGUGUAUAUAUGUUUAAAAGGGCUAACCACCAAGUUGUAUUAUCUUUUUCUAAUAGUAUGUAUAUUUU